GUGAGUUUAUUAUCUCAUCCGAUCCGAAAGUAGAGAGUAUCUAUGCCCACCAUCUGUUUGAUCAAUGGUUAAAGAGAAGAAGGGUCCCACACCAACCAAAAUCCACCCCACCAUAAUAUCUGGUUAAAAUAAAAUAAAAUAAAAUAAAAAUAAAAAUAAAAAUCAUGAUCGUCAUCCCCAGCAAAACCACCACCACCACCCGAACCAACAAACAACUUCAGACUCUCUUUCUCACCCUACUCCAAUAUAUUAUUCUAGAGCCUGAACAAGUAAAACCCCAAACCCUCUCUCUAACCCUUUUAUUUUUUAUUUUUAUCGUCAUCACUCUGCAAAACUCCAAACCCCAAAUAUCUGCUCUGCUACGCAGAUAACGUUAACAUAUUUUUUAUUUGCCGUUAUCAUAUAUAAUAAUAAUAAAUAAUAAUAAUAAUAAUACUAAUAAUAUCAUCGGGAUUACAUAUCUAUAUAUCUCUAUAUUUAAUAUAUGCUCGCCGGCGAUGCCAACGCCGGUCAGCGCAGCGAGGCAAUGCUUGACGGAUGAGGCAGCGCGUGUGCUGGACGACGCGGUGGGAGUGGCGCGCCGCCGCAGCCACGCACAGACCACCUCGCUCCACGCAGUGUCGGCCUUGCUGGCGCUGCCGUCUUCCGCCUUGCGCGACGCGUGCGGGCGGGCCCGCACUAGCAGCAGCAGCUUCUUCUCCUCCUCCUCCACGUCAUCGCCGCGGAUGCAGUUCCGAGCGCUGGGCCUCUCGGUGGGGGUCUCACUGGACAGGCUUCCGUCGUCGAAGGGCGGCGCCGAGGAGGAGCCUCCGGUGUCGAACUCACUCAUGGCCGCCAUCAGACGCUCCCAGGCAAACCAGCGCCGCCACCCCGAUAGCUUCCACUUGUUCCAACAGAUUCAGCAUAACCAGAAUCAGAACCAGCAAGUUAACGGAACGACGUCGUUCUUGAAGGUGGAGCUAAAGCACUUCGUCUUGUCAAUUCUCGAUGACCCGAUUGUGAGCCGGGUCUUCGCCGAAGCCGGGUUUCGGAGCUGUGACGUCAAGGUCGCGUUGCUUCAACCCCCUUUACCACAGGCUCAGCCUUCUUCUCGAUUCUUCUCCUCGCGAACCCGGUCCCCGCCGGUUUUCCUUUGCAAUCUUGAACCGGGUGGACCGGGUUUCAAUUUGGGCGUGGAAGAGAAUUCUCGGAGAAUCGCAGAGGUUAUAACAAGGAAGAGCAAGAGGAACCCGUUGUUGAUGGGUGUUUACGCGAAAGGUGCUCUCAGGAGUUUCACGGAGUUGUUGCAAAAGUGUCGUGGUGGUGCGUUCUUGUUCCCUCCUGAGAUGGCUGGGUUGAGCCUUGUCUCCUUGGAGAAGGAGAUUGCUGAGUUUGUGGGCCAUGGUGGGAGUGAAGAGAACAUGGGUUUGAGGUUUCAGGAGUUGGGUCGUGAGGUAGAGCAAUGCUCGGGUCCUGGUGUUGCUGUUAGCUUCGGACAGGUUGAGGUUUUCGUUGGGGAUGCUGUGAAUGCCGAUGCUGUAAGGUUUGUUGUGUCGCGGUUGACGAGGUUGUUGGAGAUCCAUGGUGGGAAGGUUUGGUUGGUUGGAGUGGCAGAAACUUCUGAUGCCUAUUCUAAGUUCUUAGUUUUGUUCCCGAACGUUGAAAACGAUUGGGAUUUGCAUCUGCUGACUGUGACAUCUGCCACUCCUUCAUUGGAAGGACUCUACUCCAAAUCCAGCUUGAUGGGGUCCUUUGUUCCGUUUGGUGGCUUCUUUCCUACACCUUCUGAAAUAAAAAAUCCCGCAAGCUGUGCAAAUGCAACUUUUACUCGUUGUGGCAAAUGCAAUGAAAAAUAUGAACAAGAAGUUGCUGAUAUUCAGAAGGUAGGUCCUGCUACUCUGGCAUCUAGUUACUCAACAAGCUUGCCUUGGUUACAAAAGGUAGUUAAUGUGAACACACAUAGAGGAUUGGAUGUGGCAAAGAAUAAUGAAGAAAAUACAAGUUUGAAUGAUAAGAUCUUGGGAUUUCAAAAGAAAUGGAGUGAUAUUUGUCAACGUCUUCAUCACGCCAGAUCACUACCUGAAUUUGAUAUUUCUCAAACAAGGUUUCAAGCUCCACCACUUGAGGUUUUACGGUUUGGUUCAGGUUUUAAGGAAAGCAGCAGUAAAGAUCCAUCACGUUAUGAACUCCAAUAUUCUAGUCAAAUUUCCUGCAUGCCUAAAGAGUUGCCUGGUAUUUUUCCAUUGAAACAGGUAUCACCUGUUCCAGUACCUUCUGAUACAAUCAGUGUCAACACUGGAACGGAUUAUGUACCACAAGUUUCAAAGUCUCAGCAAAUUGAAUUGCAGACCCCUUGGGUUGCCCCUUCCACUAUGGCCAAUAUGAGUGUGCUUGACCAAAGAUCAUCUUCAUCCCUUACUCCUGUUACCACAGAUUUAGGAUUGGGAACGUUAUAUACAUCAGCUGCCCAGGAGCCAGAUACCCCAAAUCUACGAGAUCAAAAAAAGCAUCUUCAGCACUUGUCAGACUCCGUCUCAAAUGAUUGUGAUACUAUGAAUGAAAAUACUUCACCCCAAAUUGCUAGAUCUUCCUGGUCUGGUCCUUAUUUGGGAAACUUUGAUUCAGUAGAUUUCAAAGCUCUUAAUCAACUUCUCUCUGAAAAGGUUAGCUGGCAGGAUGAGGCCAUAUGUGCUAUCAAUCAAACUCUCUACCUUUGUAGAUCUGGUGCAGGAAAACGCAGAGGCUCACAUGUUAGAGCAGACAUAUGGUUUGCUUUCCUUGGACCAGAUAGACUUGGAAAAAAGAAAAUUGCUUCAGCUCUUGCAGAGAUUAUAUUUGGAAACAAAGACAGCCUAAUCUCUGUCGACCUGAGCUCCCAGGACAGGUCUUACCCAUUGAACUCCAUUUUUGAAUGCCAAAAGUCAUACUGCUAUGAUGUGCUUAGGAGGAAGACAGUUGUUGACUAUAUUGCUGGGGAGUUGAGUAAAAAACCCCAUUCGGUUAUCUUUCUUGAAAAUGUAGAUAAAGCUGAUUUUCUGGUGCAGACUAGUUUGUUGCAAGCCAUUAGAACAGGUAAAUUUCCAGACUCUCAUGGAAGGGAAAUUAGCACCAAUAACGCAAUCUUUCUUGCAACCUCAACUGUCUGUAAAGGUAAUGGUUCUUUUGUUUCUGAGGAGUCUAAAAUGUUUUCUGAGGAAAGAAUCCUUGAAGCCAAAAGAUAUCAAAUGCAAAUAGUACUUGGACAUACAUCUGAGGAUGCCAAAAGAUGGGGUAGCACAAAUGUCAAGGUUGUACCGAGAAAAUUGUUCUCCAAACCAUCAAUUCUGAAUAAAAGAAAGCAGGCUGAUAGUAGUGACUCCAAAGAGGGAGCAACAACAUUCAAGAUGCAGAAACAGUUCAGGGAGGCAUCAAGAUCCUAUCUAGAUCUGAAUAUACCUGUAGAGGAGGGUGAAGAGGGCAUCAAUGACAAUGAGCAUGAAAGUGAAUCCCUAGUGGAAAACUCAGACGCCUGGUUAAAUGAUUUCUGUAAUCAAGUUGAUGAAAAGGUGGUUUUUAAGCCAUUCAAUUUUGAUGUUCUUGCUGAGCAAGUAUUAAAAAGCGUUAGCAUACAAUUUCAAAGGACAUUUGGUUCAGAAUUUCAGCUGGAAAUUGAUUAUGAGGUAAUGGUACAGAUACUUGCAGCUGCUUGGUUAUCAGACAAGAAAAAUGCAGUGGAGGAUUGGGUAAAACGUGUUCUUGGCAGAGGCUUCGUUGAAGCUCUGCAGAAAUACCACAUUUCAGCUCAGUAUGUGGUGAAACUGGUUAACUGUGAAUCUAUUUUUGUGGAAGAGCAAGCUCCGGGAGUAUGCCUUCCAGCUAGAAUUAACCUGAAUUAAAUUUUUGCUCACUAUGUAUUUUAUUGUAAUUACAUGUAAAAUGUAGCUUUUAGGACAUAGCAUUUGGUAGUUGGUAGCAGUGUUCAGCUAAUUAACGUAACAAUUUUUGUUGCGGCAAUCGUUGUGUUGUAAUUUCUAUGGUGUAAUUUUCUCUAGUAUACUUAUUUAAUACAUCUUUUUUCUUUCUUUAUCCAGA